AUGAGUAAUCCUGUGUUUCAGUGUAUUUUGGGAAUCGCAGUUUUGACAGUUGGAGGGACGACACGAUGUCGCAAAGAACUAUUUGCCGAACGUUUAGGAAGGUACCCAGACGCUUGGAGGAUUCUGAACAACACGGCAGAUCAAUUCUUUUUGGCAUUUUAUUCAUUCAGUUCAGAAACGGGAUCAAGCCAAACAUGCUUGCACACAAUUCGCCGUACCAUCGAACAAACGAAGCCUUGGAUGUACAGAUUAGUCUACGGACAUACACUGGACAAUACCACUUUGUGGAGUGGCAACGUAGAGGUUGGAAUAACUAAAACAAAUGAGUCCCUCGUUUUUGAUGACGCCUUUAACACGACAUACAAACUACGAGUUGGCGGCAAAGAUUUUAGAUUUGAAGACAGACAAGACAUUAGCGAAAUAAUUUACACGAAUUUCAACACCUGCAUAGUCAUGCAUUCGGAAUUACUUGGAUACCAAGUUUGGGUCAAAGGAGAUCCUUCAACCAGAACCUGUAGCAUCCCAUACCUUUGCACAUUCCUGUUCGAAGCCUGCGCUGGACGAAGAAAAUACUUUGCAUAUGACAGGCGUAUAUGUUCUAAAAUUAAACAUAAGAGUCCCAACAGCGGGCUCACUAGAGAACACCGAAGCCUGCAAUGA